UUGAGUUGGAGUUUAGACUUUGGACCUGAGAAGAAGAGCUGAGAGAGAUACAGCGGAGACUCUUUAGGAACGGAGACAAAGCUCCUCGACUACAAAGGAAUAAGAUAUUUUGGCUUGAUCUCUGCUGUCUUGGGGACCUCUUUGGUGUUUCCCCCAAGCAAGGGAACUAUGGAGCACUACCAAGAUCAGGGAUGUGAUGGCAUCGAACUGCUUGACUGGCUGUUUGAUCAAAACGAAGGCAUUCUCCGUCAUGAAGAAUCAGGGCGCCAUGGCAACCAUCACAUCUGGCCAAUCCAGGACCCGAAUAUGCUGCAGCCGGCCGAACAGGGAGAUGAUGACUUCCUCAACGCCCUCCUGACUGGAAAUGAUUCCGUGUCAGGCUCGCCUCUCUGGUCCCCCUCUCCCAGUGACAGUGGGAUCAGUGAAGACCCUCCAUCAGACCAGAUGGACAGCCCUCAGCGUCCCGAGAGCCCCCAUGGGGACCCUCAGUACUUUCCAGCGAGGCCACAAACUAAGGCGGCCCUGGAAGGCAACAUCUCCGUUGACCUCAAUGCCUGGGAGCCCGCCUUCUCAACGGGCCAGACAAGAAUUACAGAAUAUCCCUCCGAGGUACACAGACCCCAGCUGUCCUCUGGAUUCCCUCUAACUGUCAAGGAUCUGCUGCUGUCUGGCACUGCCGAAGCUCCGCAGCACCCAUCCCAACAGUCCAUCCAGGAGUUGAUUCUCAAUGAAGAUGAGAAGAAGCUUCUGGCAAAGGAGGGGGUGACUCUACCCAGCCAGCUGCCUCUCACAAAGUAUGAAGAGAGGAUUCUGAAGAAAAUACGCAGAAAGAUUCGCAAUAAGCAGUCCGCCCAGGAGAGCAGGAAGAAGAAGAAGGAGUAUAUUGAUGGGCUGGAGAGCAGGAUGGCUGCCUGUAAUGCACACAACCAGGAGCUGCAGAGGAAAGUGUCGCAGCUGGAGAAGUGCAACAUGUCACUAAUGGAACAGUUGCGCAGGCUGCAGGCUCUCGUCAUGAAUACUUCGAAAAAGCCAGCCCAGACAGGGACAUGUGUACUGGUGCUGCUGCUGUCCUUCUCCCUAAUCCUGUUCCCCAGCCUCAAGCCCUUCUCUGACACCAAGGUCAGCCAAGGAGACUUCAGUCCAGUCAGAAUCCAGUCAAGGUCCCUGCAGAACCUUCAGGCUUCCCGCGUGCUGCACGUCACCGAGCCGCCGUUCUCCCCCGAGGACGAAUCCGAGCCUCUGCACCGGCAUUUCCCCGGAGACGGGGAAUUUGACGACGUUACCUCGCUGAUGGGGAAGCUGUUAGUGAACCAAGACGGGCCCGAUUUGGAGCCGCUGUCUCUAAACAGAAGCCAGGAAGAAAGAGCGGGUCACUACCACGUCGACCCGAUUACCGGUCACAUAGCCACUCUGACCUUGGAUCCCCAGCGAUCAGCCAGGCUGCGACCACAUGCUGAUGAUAUGUAAAAGAAAUGCAUAGAUGAUCUCAACAUGAACUCCCCACAGCGUCCUCUUUCGUAAUGGUAGAGCGGGAAAUUAUCUGGGGCUGCUGUCUACACAGACAGGGAAAUUAGGCUGUAAUCAUUCCUGUUUUGCAUUCCUGUUUGUUAUUAUGUCUGGACGCCUUUUUCCUUAUUUGUGCCACCGUUUUAUAUAUCAGAAUAUGGAUGUGAAUCUCAUGCUGACGUUGCCUGUCAAAGUAAACUGUUUGUGUUUGUUUGCUUGUUUUGCCUGCUGGCUUUGAUAAAAUGCCAGUGUAAAUGAGUGCGUUUCAGACUGUCACAAGCUGGGUAAAUAGAGCUGUGACGAUGUGUAUAGUUUAGAUCCAAAUGACUAAUUUGUGAAGGAUUUUUUAAAAUCAAAUUUAAAAAAUCUGUUGAGAUUUAUUCACUGCCUCAAAUAAAAGCAGUCAAAGCGAGAUCACAGGGAUCAAAACACUGUGCAUUCAUUUUUCUUUACGAUGUACAGUUAAUGUUUCCUUUUGCGGCUCCUGAAUCUGUACUAUCCAAUUUCGAGACGAGCCAUCUCUCAAAGGGCGAGAGCAGCAUGUCACUGGAGACAUGGUUUGCAGAGAGCGAGACAGAAAAAAAAAAAAACGGGCCAAAGGUGGGCCGGGUGACCUCUUAUCUUGUGACUCAUACUUCUUACCCAAUGAUCGACAUGUUCAUAUAUUUACACAUAGAAGUCGGGCUGUAGCUUGUGUCCACUGCUCUCCCCGUGUCCGGCUUGUCAGCGCAGACCGCACAGUGACGGGAUGAAAGUGCUCUUAUCCUCGCUGCCACUUGGACCAGAAUUUCAUUCAGGUUUGACUUGUUGACAUUUCCUGUGGUCAGCUUAACUGAACUUCAAGGCAGGACUGGAGAUUCAAUUCAGUGAUGGAAUCAUCCACUGUAGAAACCAUUUUUUUUUUUUUUUUGGCAGAACAGAAUAUACAGUACGAAUAAGCCAACACUGCAAUUCCAAUUUAAUGUCAAUCCUUAUAGUGGAAACAUUUUGUAAAGUAAUAAAGUGGUUGCUCAUGUGGAGGCAUGACAUUUUAAAAAUUCAGCAGUUUUCAAUAUCGUAAAAGCACGGGGAGGCCUUUUAAAAAUAGAUCCUCGUUUCAUAAAGUAUUACAUUUGAUAUGGAAUUUAACAAAAGACCGCCCACAAUACCUUAGCUUUCUCUUUCUUUAACUCGACAUGUGACUGAUGUACUUUCCGUCCGUUUUCUCCAUCCCUGUGGAGAGCUGACACGGCCAGCCCAUAGCCGGAUGUCAGUCACAGUCAGGAUGUCAGGAGCUGCUUAAAUUGCAGCAAUUUGUGGGCACUUUGCUCAAGUUGUUGCAGUUUCUUCACUUCUUAUUCAAGUGUGCAGCUGUGUCUGUAUGUGCAGAUGACCUGUCCUCUGUCUGUAUUUUCUUAUUUUCUUCUUUUCUGAUACUGCAUGAGAUGCUGGCCUUAAAAACGCGGCAACCAGGUCAGGUUGCUGUGUCCGUCUGUGUCUUCUGCUCUUGGUCUGUUAUGGGUGUAAAAAGAGCUGCUGGGCUGUGUGUCUGUUUGACUGAGGGUGGGGCGAGCUACACAUACACAUGCAGAGAGGCAAACAGCCGACAGGGCGAAGCUCGUCGUUGGCUGCACAGAAAGUCGGAAAAUACAAUUUUAGGCCUCUGAUCCAGGCAGGUAGUAGUGGCCAGCCUUAAGUGGAACGUCUGCAAACGGCCACCAACAAACCUUGCACAGUUUUCACCUUUAACGUUGUGUUUUUCUAGACUAUAACACAGAUGUCAUUAGUUAAAGAUCCUUCUACAUGGCCAGAGGUUUUUUAUUCUUUGAACCACUGCAAACCCAUUAACUGUCACUUUUCAAUUUAUAGUUCACCCGGCUGAGGACACAGUUUCAGGUAAUUUCAUUUGCAUACUAAUAAAUAUCACCUAUCAGCUUUAUGGUAAGGCUCGGGCUGUGUCUUUGGAGUAAACAAUACCUUAAUUUAA